AUGGCUGACAUUUCCGGACAAGUGCGGAACAACAACCCGCCGGCUGGUUGGCUCAUGCCAUCGCUUAGCGUGGGCCAGCCGGGCGAGUCACCAACUUGCAAGCCCCAAACCACAAAUCACAAACCACAAAUCCAAACCCAACCACCAAAGCGCCUCUCCACACCCAACCCGGAUUCUGCCUUUUCCAGAACCUCCCACCCUCACCCCUCGAAUUGUUGCGAUAAGAAAAGAAAGGGAAGCCUUCCCCGGAAGGCCAUCCUCCGACAAAAGCCAGGCGUCAUGACGGACGUCCGGUCAAAGAAUCUGUACGAGCUUCUUGGGAAUGAUCCCGAGCUGGACUCUGAUAGAGAACCCGAGCCUCCCACCAAGACAAUAGACAAGCCAGCUGCGCGCCAUGGCAAGCGUGAUGCCCCUAGAGAAGCACCUUCAGCUCCCCCUACCGCGCCCCGAGGUGGUGCCCGCGGUGGUCGUGGUGGACGCGGAAACGGCAAUGAGGAUGCCUUCCGUGACCGCAACGCCGGCAGCUACAACAACCGCAACCGUCCCGUUGACGAGGUGAAGGAAGCCGGACGUCGCGGUUACCGAGGACGCGACGACCGUGGUGCUCGCACUCGCACUGACCGUCACCCCGUUCGUACCGGUCACACUGACUCCGACAAGCAAAUUGGUCAAGGCUGGGGCGGUAAGAAGGGCGAUGCCGAAUGGAACGACGAAAAGGCUGGUGAAGCCAUCGCCAAGGCCGACGAGAACGAGCCGCAGACCCCUCUCGAAGGAGGCGAGGCUGCUGCUGCCCCCGAGGAGCCAGUUGACAAGUCCAAGUCCUACGCCGAUUAUCUCGCUGAGCAGGCAGCUGCUAAGCGUGGCGACCUCGGUGUGAAGGAAGCCCGUGCCCCCAACGAAGGAACCAAGGACAAGAAGUGGGAAUCCGCCAAGGAAUUCAAACGCGACGGUGACGAAGAGAACUAUAUCAAGCCUCAGGAGGAGAAGGGCAAGCGCGAGAGACAGCGCAAGGAAAAGAACUUCCUCGAAGUCGACAUGCGCUUCGUUGAGCAACCCCGUGGCCGCGGCAACGGUCCCCGAGGAGCUGCCCGUGGAGGACGUGGCGGUCGUGGUGGACGCGGUGAUGGCCCUGCUCGUGGUGGUCGCGGCGGUGCCGCUGCUGCUGCUCCUGCCGUCAAGGUUGAUGAGAAGAACUUCCCCAGCUUGGGUGGUAAAUAA